AUGGGGCCUUUGCCGGGGUUCGCAGCUGCGCUGACCGCGGCGGCAUGCGCGGAUGCGGCUCCCCGCAGCAGCAGCACCGAAGCUAGCGCGCAGCAGUGCGCGCGCGACCAGGCGGAAGGCGACAGGAUCGCGGGUGCGCCGAGCACGCUAGAGACCGUUGCGAUCGCAGAAGCGCCAGUAGAGUCCGCAGCAGCAGCAGCAGCGGAAUUCGCAGUUAAUCAUACCGAAGGGGAGGCGCUCCGGGGUGUGGGGAUGGGCGCACAGGCGGACGCACGAUCGGCGGAAGGCGACGAGGCCGGUGCGGAGGAGCAGAGGAGCGCGCGCAAAGCGGGGGCGUGGCGCGGCGAGGUGCUGGAGGUGGCGGUGAGACGAGGCCUCGUGGAGCAAGUGCAACGCAAGCUAAGGAAGGCGGUGGAGUCGCCAUCGCAGCGAGCGGGCGUGCUGCGGCAGCUGUUCACGGACAUCGCGUUCGAGCUCGACGGCCACGCGCACGACGUGCUGCUGCGCGACCCCUCCGCCUCGCUCUCCUCCCUCUGCACCGCCGCGCACCCCGCGCUCGCGCCCGCCUUUUCCACCAACUCCGUGCUUGCGCCGCCCCCCGUGGCCGCCGCGACUCCGCCCGACCGCCUGCUGCUGCCGCAGGAGAAGCAGCAGCACGGGGCAGCGCAGGGGGAGAACCAGGGGAACAAGCCCUGGCAGCCGCAGCAGCAGGGGUUGGCGGCAGGGGGGGAGUGUGAGCGGGUGUGCUUCUACGAGGUGUUGGCGCAGCAUUACGCGGAGAGCGAGGCGUCCGUGGCGGCGCUGCUGCCGCUGUUCGCGCCCCUGUGGAGCUGCGUCUUCUCCUCACAGAUAUUCGCCCUGCUGCUCCACCGAUGGCUGUACAGCUCGCCAAAGCCGCAUUCAGAGGAGGUGCACCGAUACACACGUGCUUUCAUGACCGGCGUAGAAGGCAUCUUCUGGAUCGACUUGCAGAGCAAUGAGCAGCGCUUUCGCCCUCUCUUCAAUUUUGUGAUGGAGCGCAUUGUCAUGGACGAGCAACGCUUUGCCCUCGUGCCUCCCCUGUUUCAGAAGGACAUGUUUUGCACUGUGGCUCGCUGCUUCUUCCUCUACCAGUCAGGAGCACGUCUGCCGGCACUGCUAGCAGCAGCGUCACGGCAGGAGGCACUGCACGGGGCAACAGCGGACAUCUUUGUCACAGAGCUCACCAACCAGUUGCAGCGCAUCAAGGUGGAGCCAGUUCUCCUGCUCUUCCUGCACCGCUGCACUGCCCUCAAAGGUCUAGACCUGCGGUCAGCCACGGCCAUUCGCCUGCAGGUGGCGCUGCACUCCAUGGCAGUGCCGGGAGGGCCGCUCUUCCCCACGCGCCCCGUGCGCCGAGCUGCUCGUUCCGCCCUCGACACACUCUACCCUGUGGGGCGCAUGUUCCGGCACAUGAUAUCCUUCUCCUUCCGCAUACUGCACCCCCUCUACUGGCCCACGUCCCUCAUCCAAGGCACAUGCAACUGCCUGGCACUUGCAGCCACAGGAGAAAGGGCAGGGGCAGUGGCAGCGCAGUGUGAGACAACAGCAGAGACGAGUAUCAGCACAUGA